UCGGCCUGAGCCGACUGAUGACGCACACUGUGCGCCGGAAGUACUAGCGGUMGGCAACCGGCUGUGGCAUGGCGCCCUCCGCAGCGCGCUGGAACCACGUGUGGGUCGGUACUGAGACUGGGAUCCUGAAAGGGGUGAAUCUUCAGCGGAAACAGGCGUCGAACUUCACGGCGGCGGGACAGCCGCGGCGGGAGGAGGCGGUGAGCGCCCUGUGCUGGGGCGCGGGCGGCGAGACCCAGAUCCUGGUGGGCUGCGCGGACCGAAAGGUGAGGCACUUCAACACCGAGGAGGGCACGUUCCAGGGCCAGAGGCACUGUCCGGGCGGGGAGGGCUCGUUCCGAGGCCUCGCCCAAGCCGACGGCACCCUCAUCACGUGUGUAGAUUCUGGCAUACUUAGAGUCUGGCGUGACAAUGAUAAGGAAGCAUCCUCUGACCCACUUCUGGAAUUGAGGGUUGGUCCUGGGGUUUGUAGGAUGCGCCAAGACCCAGCACGACCCCAUAUAGUUGCCACAGGUGGGAAGGAGAAUGCUUUGAAGGUGUGGGACCUGCAGGGAUCUGAGGAGCCUGUGUUCAGGGCCAAGAAUGUGCGGAAUGACUGGCUAGACCUUCGGGUUCCCAUCUGGGACCAGGAUAUACAGUUCCUCCCUGGAUCACAGAAGCUCAUUACAUGCACAGGGUACCACCAGGUUCGAGUCUAUGAUCCAGCCUCCCCCCAGCGCCGGCCAGUUCUAGAGACCACGUAUGGCGAGUACCCACUGACAGCCAUGACUCUCACUCCUGGGGACAACUCUGUUAUCGUAGGGAACACUCAUGGGCAACUGGCAGAAAUUGACUUUCGACAAGGGCGCCUACUGGGCUGUCUGAAGGGACUGGCAGGCAGUGUCCGUGGGUUGCAGUGCCACCCUUCAAAGCCCCUACUAGCCUCUUGUGGCUUAGACAGAGUCCUGAGGAUACACAGGAUCCGGAAUCCACGAGGCCUGGAGCAUAAGGUUUAUCUGAAGUCUCGACUGAAUUGCCUCCUCUUGUCUGGCAGGGAUACCUGGGAGGAUGAGCCCCAAGAGCCUCAAGAGAUCAACAAGGUACCUUCAGAAGACACAGAGACAGAUGAACUUUGGGCAUCCUUGGAGGCAGCUGCUAAGAGGAAACUACCUGAUCAGAACCAGACCCAAGGAGCUCUCCAAACCAAACAGAGAAAAAAGAAGCAGCAGAAGUCCAUUAGCCCCUGAAAACCCCGUGCCCAUUUUGUAAAUAAACAGCUCAAC